CGAUCGCACUUCUGGUUGUUCUUUCAAACCAAAUACCCAAAGCACUCUAGCAGCAGUGAGCACUUUUUGUUCAAGCGAAGAAUCGUAAAAGGAGAAUAAAAGGAGAAUUUUUCCAAACCGCGUCCACAUUCUCGAAGUACAGUGAAUUUUGUAGUUUGCAAAACCCCCCGUGCAAAACAACACCCCGUGAGCGCUAAACAGUGAUGGUUGUCGCAGUGAAAGUAUUCAAAAAAUCGGCACCGAAUGGCAAACUAACCGUCUAUCUCGGCAAGCGUGACUUCAUCGACCACACCGACUACUGUGACCCGAUCGAUGGCGUUAUCGUGCUGGACGAGGAGUACCUGCGAGGCCGCAAGGUCUUCGGGCAGCUCAUCACCACCUACCGCUACGGUCGCGAAGAGGAUGAGGUGAUGGGGGUGAAGUUCUCCAAGGAGAUGGUCCUGCUGAAGGAGCAGAUCUAUCCGAUGGAGAACGCCAACAUGGAGAUGACGCCGAUGCAGGAGCGGCUGGUGAAGAAGCUGGGCGCGAACGCGUUCCCGUUCACCUUCCACUUCCCGGCCAUGGCACCGAGCUCGGUAACGCUGCAGGCCGGCGAGGACGAUCAGGGCAAACCGCUCGGUGUCGAGUACGCGAUCAAGGCGUUCGUCGGCGAGGAUGAGGGUGACAAGGGCCACAAGCGCAGUGCCGUCACGCUCACGAUCAAGAAGUUGCAGUACGCACCGGCCACCCGGGGCCGUCGUCUUCCGUCGUCGCUCGUCAGCAAGGGCUUCACGUUCUCGCAGGGCAAGAUCAACCUGGAGGUGACGCUCGAUCGGGAGAUCUACUACCAUGGGGAGAAGAUCGCGGCCAACAUCGUGGUGACGAACAACUCGCGCAAGACUGUCAAGAGCAUCAAGUGCUUCGUGGUGCAGCACUGCGAGGUCACGAUGGUGAAUGCGCAGUUCAGCAAGCACAUCGCAUCGCUGGAAACGCGCGAAGGUUGCCCGAUCACGCCCGGGGCCAGCUUCACGAAAUCCUUCUUCCUGGUGCCGCUCGCCUCGAGCAACAAGGACCGCCGGGGAAUUGCGCUCGACGGACACCUGAAGGACGACGACGUGAACCUUGCCUCGUCCACACUGAUCUGCGAGGGCAAGUGUCCGUCGGAUGCGAUGGGUAUCGUCAUCUCGUACUCGCUGCGCGUCAAGCUCAACUGUGGCACGCUCGGCGGUGAACUUCAGACGGACGUCCCGUUCAAGCUGAUGAACCCCGCGCCUGGAACCGUGGAGCGAGAACGAGUGAACGCCCUGAAGAAGAUGAAGUCGAUAGAGCGCCAUCGUUACGAGAACUCGCACUACGCCGACGAUGACGAUAACAUCGUGUUCGAGGACUUUGCUCGCCUGCGGAUGAACGAGCCGGAGUAAGGCUUCCCGAGGGAGAGUCACCCACGCCGUUUACCCUUCACCAAGGAACCCAGCUGAGCAGCAAACUUUAAGCCAACAAGACCAACGAUACCGAAUGCUUCCCGCGCAUCCCUGCUCCCUACAGGGCGCCCGCUGUCCCUACGCUCCCCACAACGCGCACAACGCGUGCCGUUCGGUAAGGGCCGUAGGGAGUUGUGAGCAGGCUUUGGCCGGGGCUAGUAGGGAGUCUCCCGAGCAGCGUACAUACCUGAGCCACGUAACAAUGCCCAUGUGAUAACACUAUGAUGCUAUUUAAAUUAAUCACCCAAAACACCGCGAAGGAACAACCUACCCUUAGUGCUCCCUUUAACUAUAAACGAUACUAAAAAAAAACGAAAGAGCGAGAGAGAGAGAGAGAGAAAAUGCAAGAAAAUUGAAGGAGCGAAGGUAGCCUCCGACGACCAAAAAAAUGCAACCAUCAACAAGCAAAGUAACGGAACGAUUAAUGAUAAAAUUUGAUUCAUCGAUUAAUUUGCUGUCAUACGAGCUUCAACAGGAACGACUGCGCAGUCACGAACCAGCAUCCCCUUGGGAAAGGGGACCACCCCUAACAGGGAAGUGAACCGAUGAACACAAUUAAUCGAUCAAUCGAAGAGCAACUGAUACAAAAGCCAACGAAAAAAAAAACAUGAAGCAAGCCAAAAACCCCAAGAAGUAACCCAAGCAAAACACCAGAAGUGAACGAAAUCGAAUCGACGAUAAUCUAGUGCAGCUCGGUUCGGGGCGCGGACGCUUUUCCCACUUGGAGCACUUGGUGCGUGUGUGGAAAACCGGCCGCACCCCGAAUCGCUGGCGACAGCAGCCUUAGAGUGUAAGACGUUUUAGUUUUCUGUUUUAGUUUCGGUGAUUACGAGUGAGCGAAGUGAGUGCAGAAUCGAAAAUGGAUUAACAUUAAUCUAAACAAAAAAAAAAAACAGCCAGACUGCAAACGUUUGCAACAACGAACUGCUUAAUUGUGCAACGGAAACCGCGAUGAACGAGGGUCCCGCCGAUAUGGUGGGAGGAAUGCAUCGAGCUGGCGCUUUUCUUCCAAUGCAUAUCAGGGCUUCCCUCCAUUCUCCGGCUUUCGGCGCUCCUUACUGCGGGUCAAUUAUUGUUUGAACUGUGUUUCAUUAAUCGGUCUUCUAUUCGCUUCAUAUCUUAUGCAACUCAGCUUAAAGAAAUUCAUUUUACAUACAGGCAACAAAAGGGUGCAACAGGAACCUAACGCUAUCAACAAGCUAAUAAAAUUAUAAACAAAACAUAAUUUGAAGAAGAAAAAAACAAGAAACAACAAGCUUAAAACCCAAAAUCCCUUCAUCAUGGUCUCAUGAUGCCGGGGGGAAAUAGUUGGUCAACGUUAAGAAGAAAACCAUAGACCUGUUUGCAAUUUACAGAAAAAAACACACGAUGUACUACUCGUGAUGUUGACUGUUUGUAUUUAUUUUGUAUAAACCUAAUUUGGCUAUGUUAUUAUUGUAAUUGGAGAUAAAAAGAGUAAAAAAAAAUGCAGAGCAACAAAAACAGCGAACCAA